UACUGGCCUGCACGUUCUGUAAUCACAUAUCUGUUUUCUCUGUGUUGGACUAUCAGAAUGACUAUGCAGGCUGUAAACGCCAUGAGUUAUGAGGAGUUUUUGGAUGUAUUUGGAAACAUCAUAGAGAAGUGUCCACUUAUAACGGCAGCUGUGUGGUCUAAUCAUCCAUUUUCCAGUGUUAAUGAGAUGGAAGAAUGUGUUUAUGAGUUUAUUGAUUCCCUACCGUCAUCUGGCAAAGAAGGGAUCUUGAGAUGUCACCCUGACCUGGCCGGGAGAGAACUAACAAGUGGAUCACUGACAAUGGAAUCCCAGCAGGAGCAGAGACAAGCUGGUCUCACCUCCCUUACAAGUGGAGAGCGUGAAACACUUGGCCUCCUUAAUUCCCAGUACAAGACGAAGUUUGGAUUUCCCUUUGUUAUAUGUGCUAAAAUGUCAGAUAAAUACAAAAUUAUGGAGGAAUUAUGCUCUCGCCUUCAAAAUGAUCCAUCACAAGAACUUCUAAAAGGAAUUGAAGAGGUUAAGAAGAUUUGUCAUUUGAGGGUACAAGAGUUGAGUAGAAGUGUUGAGCUGACUACGAAGUUGUAAUUUGGGGAAUAUUUUUUGCUUUAUUU